GUGCUUGGUCAAUCAAGAAGGAAUGCCUGACCUACUUUAUCUCGAUGUCAGAACUAACAAUGGCGGGAGUAGUGAGUGUGUUUACCAUACUGUCAUGGGUUUUGGCUGUGGGGGUGUAUUCCGCCUGUCCCCGGGGCUGGCUGGCCGUCUCGGACGACUGUCUGAUGUUUGCGAAAGGUCGCCUUUCCUGGAUUGAUGCUGCAAAAAGCUGCAAGCACAACAACGAGUCCGUCCUGGUGACGAUCGAUAGCUACGACAAGAUGGCGCAGAUCAACACCAUAGCCAAGGUCCUGGCCAGUCCAACUAUCGGCAUGAUCGGGUUUUGGACUGGGGGUAACGACUUCGGGAUUGAGGGGGUGUGGCGAUGGGAGGAGACUAAUGAACAGAUCAGCGGCUUCACCAACUGGGCCCCCGGAAGUCCCGACGGGAAGUCGGCGGAGAACUGCAUGACGGUAGGAUUCGCCCCUAACAGCACGGAUACGUUCUGGAAGGAUGCGCCGUGUAGUGGCCACCAUAACUACAUCUGUCAAUUUAGCCUGAACACCGGCGGAUCACAGGUGAUCGGGAGGAAAUGACUUGACACGUGUUUUGUAAAAUAUUAAUGUUAUAAACGAGUUCUUAUAAUAAAUGGACGAUAAGUUUAGCUUA